AUGACGUCAAUCAGUUCUUCAGAAUUAGUUCAAUUCCUAAAUGAUGUUGAAUCUAACAUAGAUGAUCAACAGACAGAUUUUAAAAAGUUGAUACUAUUUCUAUUUGGCUUUACUAAGGAUAAAUUAGCAAUUGCAAAUAAUGAUUCCAAUGAUAAAUUAAUAUUUCGCCUAUUACAAACGUUAGAACUUGUUCUUACUAAACGACUUCACUUGCUUAAUGUUCAGCUCGAUUAUAAUGAAAUUAAAUCCAUUUAUGUCCCAAAAGAUUUUCAUCCAGGUUCGGUGAUCAUGCUAUUUGAUUGGUCUAUUCAAUUUGUUGUUGAUGAAUUACCAAAAUUUGUAACUAAAAUCGAAAUCCUUAAUCAAUUGAAAUCAUUUGUAAUUAAUGUCAUCAAUCUAAUUUGCUCAAAGUUACAUAACUUUAAAUUUAUUAAAUUAAUUCGCAACAAGCUACUCAAAAUGAUAGAAGGACAUUUAGCCUUUUGCUUGGAAAAUUUAUCGUCAGCUACUGUACUACAAGAAGGUUAUAACAACAGGUUGAUUAUUGGAAUACACUUAUAUACAAUUGUCAAUGAUUAUGAUCUAUCACAAAAAUUGCUAAUCAAUUUAGUUAAUUAUCAAUUGAAAUUCGAAAGCAUUGCCCGAAAAUUCUGGUUCAUUCUCAAUGAAUUUGCAAUUUCUGAAUACCCGUUAUUUGAUAGCUUGAAUUCCAUUAUUGUACUAAAUCAAAUUAAUAACCUUGUUCUGAAUAAGUUGGUAACUUGGAAUCAAAUUUCGUUGUUGUUAAAUUGGAUGUUAGAGUACCUUGAGUCCAGAUACAAUAAAGAUCUUACCAGUUUAAACCAGUCAAUUUCAAUCGCAUUACUAAAGCUAUAUAAGUUAUGCCUUCAGAAAGAAAUAUCCGAGAGCUUUGUAAGCCACUUUAAUAUCGACAAGUUGAUCGAGAGGUUGAACAACGUGGAGAGCAAUAGUAUGCCAAAUUCCGUUUUGAAAUCAUUGCACAUAAUCAAUUACUAUAAUAAUUUAGAUGAAUCAGAUAGCGUGGUUACGUUGAAGUAUCAAACUAGUAAUUUAAAUGAAUUCAUAACAGCACCAUUUCAAGAUAUUCAAUUGGAGUCUGUUCGAUUGGAAAUCCAAGAAUUGAAUGAUAAAUCCUUGUCCACGAAACAACUGUUGGAUUUAUUAGACUUCAUAGUUGACCAACCAGAUUUGAAAUUCCCACAUAAUUCAAGCUCCGGGGGAUAUGUCAGUGGAAACGAUAUUAAUUAUUCUGAGUGGAUAAAUUACAUAAGGAAACUAACGACUGACGAUUUGAAAAAUCAAUGUUUAGCUCCAGAAUACACAUUGCAUACAUUAAUCUCUUCUUUGAGUCAUUUCCCCUGUAUUGUUAGUGGAGAUUACAAUUGUCAAGUUAAUGAGUGCAUCAAGUGUGGUAGCAAUCCACUAAACAAGAAUUACUACGAAAAUGUUGAUCCCAAAAGACCCAGUAUAUCUGAAAUCAGUGAAAUAUCAAUCAUGUAUAGGGAGAUAGUUGUCAAGUAUUUUUUAAUGGCGAAGCUGAAAGUUUUAAAGAAUAACCAGUUGUUAUGUUGUAAUUUCUUGUUGUUAGUAUUCAAUUUAUUUGCAAGCUAUUCCCCGCCAAUAGGAAAUUCGAAGAAUGAUCACCUAUUGAAUUUCCUUCUUGAUGUAUUAGCAACUGAUAACAAUAGGGACGCGAGAAUGCUAGUGACAAGAAUCUUGCCUUUGUAUCUUAUUCAAUCUACAGAUGAUGAAAUUUUAGAGGAAACAUUCAGCAUUAUUAUCUCCAGAAUAAGUCAUAUUGAUUUUACUAGUGAACAUCGUCGUCGUCACUUUGGUGAAUCCACAAUUAAGGCUUUGGUCGAACUAGCUACUGUGACACAAGGAGAUCAACUAUGUGCAUUGUUUAUCAAGUUGAUAGGUUUAUUUGGCGUGGAAAAUGAACAACACGUAAAUUAUGUUUACAAUGGGAUUAUUCAGAUAGCAGCAGCAAAAUCAUUGACACCGUACAAGUUGCUAUCACCAUAUAUUAUGAGCACGGCGGAGGACAUUCUCAAAAACCCACAAAUGUUCUCUAAGAUUACUGAGCUAUUAGGGAUAACGAAGAAGUUCUUUUUGAAUAGAACCAAGGAUUAUACAACGCCUACAUUAUUGGAAUAUUACAAACAUGAUUUAAUACAAGAAAUAGCUGACGCAUCGAAUACUUCUAAAAUGGAUUUAGUAUCCAAGAAUUUGUCGAGAAUACUUGCAAUCUACUUAGUUAAGGAUACGACAAUAAAUGAAGGACACAUAAUGAAUGUAUUGAGUAAUGUUUGUCCUAAAUAUCGAUUGGUAAACUUAGAAGAUUUAUUUACCAAGAUUGGUGAUGUCAUUUGGUAUAUCCUUUUGCAAAUACAAAUCAGUGAUGAUAGUAAUAAGAUUACGAACAUUCAGAAUAUACAGAGUGCAUUAGAGUUUGUCUCCAAGAUCGCGUUCAAAGAAAGAAGUAAUGUUUCACAAGGGAAUAUAUCGUCCCCAAUGAGAUUUGAAUAUAUCCUAGGUGAAUAUGUGCUUGGUUUAGUUCAGAAGUUUAGUGAGAGUGUACACCGUAUAAGAGAUAGCAAGCCGUUCAUAGAGAAGACCAGAUCUUUGAGAGCAAUGGAGUUUUUAAUACAAAGGAAUAUCAAUGCUGUAACUGCUGCUUUGGGUCAGAUUUCCACCUGUUUACAAGCAAGUUUGGAGACUGUUGAUUUUCAGUAUUUGGCAUUAAGGUGUUGGAAUGCAUUAGUCCAAGAAUUGCCUUCUAUCCACUUAAUUUCAUUGAUUGAUAUUAUAAUUUCAUUAGUUUUUCAAAAAUUCCAAACAUUCGGCUCCAAAUCGAGAUCAAUUGCCAUUGAGAUCCUAAAGAAAAUUUAUGAUGCGAUUAAAGACAAGUUCAAUCGAUUCUCCUUAUAUUUUUUAUCUAUUCCCUUCUUGGCAUAUAUUCAGGAGUAUAAUUUAAUAAAGCGCUUUAGAAAUAUAAAACCGUUGUCUAGGCUAACAAUUUUUCAAGAAUUUAAUCGGAGGUUAUCAACAAGUAAUGAAUACGUUGUGAAACAAGGAUUGUUUGAUUUAUUAAACUACUGUAAAGAAUACCAAAUAAGGUGUCAAGAGGAGUAUUUUAAGGAACCAAGCUUAGCAUUAGCGCUCACAAAUCUAGUGCGAACCAUUCUAGAUAUAGCUUCAAAGUUUAAAAAUAAGAACAUAGAGAUAUCUACCGAUUGCGCGAAAGUUUUGGCAGUCAUUGGAAGUUUGGAUUCAAGCAAGUUCAAUUUCAAAGCAGUGAGGCACUCGAUCGUUGUGAUUCAUGAUUUUAAGAAUGUUCGUGAAAAUGUUGACUUUUUAGUAGACUUGAUUGAGGGGGAAAUAUUGAAAGGUUUUUGGGCGUCUAAUGAUCCAGCAAGGCAACUCUUUUCUGUUUAUGCAAUGCAAAACUUUUUAAAGAUUAUGACCUUAGACUCCAGAGUAUUAGAAAAUAAGAUCCAGUCGAACAGUGGUUCAAUUGCUGUGUGGAACAGGUUUAGCGAUACGGCAAAAUCCACUUUAGCGCCUUUAUUAACUUCCAGAUAUGUUGGACCAAUCCCUAAAUACGAGCCCCUAACUUUCCCUUACUUUAAAUUGAGUAUCAAAUAUGAAUCCUGGCUAGUUGAUAUAACUCUUGAGUUACUCAAACGACCAUAUAUAACUGUUUUUGAGGAUGAUGGACUCGAGUCAAAUUCAAAAGAGUCGAUAUUCCAAACUUGCUCCAACUUAAUUCGGGAUCAAGAUGUAUCUAUUUGUCAAUACAUUCUAAAAUACAUUGCACUCAGUCACAUAAUAAAUGGAAAUCAAUCGGCAAUUAAGGAUAUAAAGCUGGAGUUCUUGCACAUGUUAAGCACAGAUUUCAGUUCAACGACAUCCGACAGAAUGGAGCUGGUGAAAUCUUGCAUUCAUACUGUUUUCAUGGUUUUGGACUAUUUCAACGAAUGGGUUUCUGCUGCCACUCAGUAUCUCUCCAACAACUCGUCAGAGCCACAUCACCUAAAUCGUCUAAAAGAGAAUAUAAAGUAUGUGAACGAAUUCUUAGAAUGUAUCCCAAUGGAUUUGAUUGCUAUUAAAUCAGCGGAAUGUGACUCAUAUGAAAGAACAAUUUUAUAUUUGGAAAGAUGUUAUCGAAAUGGAAAAGUAAGUGACACAUUCAAGUUGGAUAAUUUAAAUGUUGCAACUACUUUGCAAUCAAUGUAUUGUAAUAUCAAUGAUUAUGAUGCGUUGAAUGGUGUACUAAAAUUAUUUUCUACCAACAACUUAAAAGAAAAAUUGUCAACCUUCCAAUACAGUGAUAGCUGGAGCUUAGCGCAUGAGUCGUUCAUUGCUCUAAGUUCCGUUAAUGAUAAGCAGGAGGCAAUCGAGAAUAAUACCAAAUUAUUGAAAUCAUUAAGUGAACAUGGAUUGUAUGAUGAAGUCUUAUCAGCUUUGUCAGAAAGAAUUGAUGUUAGGGAUUUAUCUUCAAUUCCAUUAGACUGGGCUCUUGUUGGUUUGAAAUCUUCUGUCUACUUAGGGGAUAUAUCUCAAAUAGAGAAAUGGUUAAUGGUAACUAAUUCAAUAGGUAACCCUGUUGAUGUUGGAACGCUUGUGACUUAUGAAUUAGCUAAAAGUCUAAAAUCGCUAUACUAUUCAAAUAAACUUGAAUUUGAGAACUCACUUGGAAAUAUUUAUGGUGUUAUAGGGAAUUCUUUGGUGCCGUCUGUAUCAUCAAAUUUUAAUAGAAACAUAGUUUUAAUGAAUCAGUUGCACGCAAUUCACGAUUUAUCGUUAAUUGUAUCUGACAAUUAUCUGCCAAGGGAGAAAGACUUAAUUUUGAAGGCUCGUUUGAGUAAUGUGGAUCAAGACUUUGAUGCUCAGUGGAAGAUUUUGACAUUUCACAAUGCUGGUCACAAAAUAAAGAACGAUAAUGUAAAGAUCUCAGAAAACUUAUUAUACGAAUCAUCCCUUGCAAGAAAGCAUAAUCGGUUAGAUAUAGCCACGAAAUCAAUUGUACAAGCUAUGUCAUUGGAAGCUUCCGGCGCAAAUAUUGAAUAUUCGAAGUUGUUAUGGGCACAAGGAAAACAAUCUGAAGCAAUUAAGUCAUUAUCGGAAAUUAUUAUCGAAGAUAAUCUUAAUGGAAACGGGGACUCUCGGGUCCAGCUUCAAUUGGCACAGUGGUUAGACGAAUCGAAUCAUUUAUCGGCACAGCAGAUAAUCACAGAAUAUAAUAAAGCAAUUCAGCUCGACAUACUGUGGGAAAAGCCAUACUAUGAUUUAGGAAAGUACUAUAGCAAAGUCAUGGAAUCAGCGAAAGACCCCUCUGGGAGCUAUGAGCAACAAACCGUAAGGCAUUUUAUCAAAGCCCUUGCUGCUGGCCGCUCCUUUAUAUUUGAGGCAUUACCUAAGUUAAUUACUAUAUGGUUGGAUUUUGCGCAGAGAGAUAGAGGGAAAGAUGCUGACAGAAAACGAAAUCAGAUUAUAGACGACAUUAAGGCUGGAUUGAAGAGCAUUCCUACUUAUGUUUGGUAUACUGCAUUUACCCAGAUUUUAUCACGUAUUGUUCACCAGCAUCAGGCUUCAUAUGAAAUAUUGGCAACCAUUGUGAUUCAAAUUAUCAAGGAGUACCCACAACAUGCUUUGUGGUAUGUAUUGUCACAUGAAAAAUCGAAUGAUUCUAAGAGAAAAGAAAGAAUUAAUGUAAUUCUCCGACACGUUGUGGAAUCCAGUACUCCCCAGGCCGGCGUCAUUGAAAAUGCAAAAGAAUUGUUUUCAACCUUGAUUAACAUUGCGUCUGUCAAGAUUUCCAAAUCGUCGAAACCUAGAACCCUCUCACUAGAAAAGGAUUUCAAGGUUUUAAAUUUGAUGAAGAGUUUUGAUUCUCUAGUUAUCCCAGUGAGGUCAAAUCUUGAAAUCAGACUACCCAGUAACAACAACGACGUCCAUCAUCAAGCGUUCCCUAAAUCAGCUUCGAUUACCUUUGAUGGAUUUGAUGAUAAUGUGAAUAUUUUCGUCUCCUUGCAAAUGCCAAGGCAGGUUACAGUACGAGGAUCAGACAGCUGCGCCUAUAGAUUAAUGUUGAAAAGAGAUGAUACCCGUAAGGAUGCCAAAGUAGUGGAGUUCACUACUAUGGUAAAUAGAAUCCUCCGCAAUAGCACCGAGGCCAGGAAGAGGAACUUAUAUGUUCCUAAUUAUGUUGUGAUGCCAUUGGCUGAAGACAAAGGGGUUAUCGAGUUCGUUGCAGAUGUCCAAACCAUGAAAGGAAUAAUAUCAGAACAAAGGAAAAGGAUGGGGAAAAUGAUACAUGAACAUAAGUUAUUUCACAAAAUAAACGAAGCUCAGAAACAAGUUAAAUCGUCAAGAAAAGCAGGUCAGAAAAAUCCAACAGAGGAAUUAAUCAAAUUGUUUACCAAAAUUGUUCAGGCGAAUCCUCCAGUUUUGCAUCGUUGGUUCAUUGACCAGUUUGCUGACCCAAGCGCGUGGUAUAUGGCGAGGAAUUUGUAUACUCGAACUGCAGCCGUUAUGUCAAUGGUUGGAUAUAUAGUUGGAUUAGGAGAUCGACAUUGUGAAAAUGUUCUAUUCUUCAAACGAAGCGGAGCGGUACUACAUAUUGAUUUUGAUUGUUUGUUUGAGAAAGGUGCCACUCUACCAACACCGGAGAUUGUUCCAUUCAGGCUUACGCAGAAUAUGGUAGAUGCUAUGGGUAUUUGUGGAGUUGAUGGAAGCUUUAGAAUUACAUGUGAAGUGACUGGUACUUUAUUAAGAGAACACGAACAACCUCUAAUGAAUAUUUUAGAAACAUUAUUGUACGAUCCGUUGUUGGAUUGGAAGAGUUUACAAAAACCAGGAGUUCAUUUGUCUAAGGUUAGGCGAAAGAUAAGAGGUUUGAUUAAUGAAAAGGAGGGAUUGCCUAUGAAUAUUCAUGGUCAAGUCGAUGUGUUAAUUCAGGAAGCAACUUCUAUUGAUAAUUUGGCAUGUAUGUAUGCCGGAUGGUCUGCAUACAUCUAG